AGGUAGAUGAGGCUGAGAGAGCACUGGAGAAUCAUUUUUUUGCCAUUGGCUCCUUACCGGUAUAUUUCAUAAGAUCGGAAACAGAAAACCAAGGUGGUUCUUACACUCAAAGAAGAUGACCUCAACAGCACGAACUGGAAGAGCGACUCGGUUCUAAUCCUCUCGUGCGCGCUAAUCUGAUGGCGCGGUUAUCCUUUGACCUCUACGCGGGGCUACUUUUUGGUCUCCCGCUACGUGCGGUUGCGAACGCGGUGUCGCAGAACCAGCAGCAGCAACAUAUCGCAGUAGACUACGAUGCCGCAACUGAAGCGCGUACGAGCCCAGUGAGGUUGUCGACAAGAGAAGCUAAGAAGCGCGUAACAGCAGCAAAGCGAGCGACAGCAGCCGGAGCGGAAGAGCAGGAAACCGACAUCCCGGAUCCGGACGAAGGCGGGCAGAGCGAAGACGGGACCUUUGGGAAUGCUCCGCGCAUUUUUCUUCAGGAGGACGAGGUGGAGCGGGUAACAGCAAUGCUUAGUGCCGUAGGACCAAUUCGUUGUCAUGUAGCUCUUUGAGACGUAUUACUACCAUCAAAUCGCUCGUCCCCUGCCUCGUUUCAUCAUUGUCAUUUCAUUUUCCGAGGCAGCGGCUGGCUUCUUUGGAAACACAUUGCAACUUACCCCAGGUUUUCGCCCAGUCUGGGGAGGAUCGCGCCAGCAAAGUGGUGAAAAACAAUUUGAAUGCCGAGCGCGGGCCUGCUGCAGCGGCUCCAACCAGAAACGGCAGCGCGGACGACGGCACAGAGUUCGACAGACGCGUCAAUGCCACGAUGUCACUCGAGCCGCGUUUGUCCAAACAGGCGGCACAGGAAUUUGUGCAAGCGGACACCAACAUAUGAGAGUGCACGGGUCCCCCUGCUCGUUUGAAGGGUCUGAGCAGAGCCAGGAGAUGAAUCUGUCAUGCGUGCGAGUUCUUUCUGCAUAGCAUAUAUAAAUUCACACACGGACAGUAGUACUGGCUGCUCAAGCGUUACUCCGAAAAAUGUCUCGCCAAGAUAAACAUUGCAUGCACACACGAUGUAGGCGUGCUACUAGAACGACGGGGAGUUGUGCUCCCUCAUACAGCUCGGAUACGGUUUUGACCAAAGACGAAUUGCCACCGGCCCUCCUGAAUAUCGUCAUUGUGAUCGAGAUACCAAUGGUCACCAGUGUGCCUGGGUCGUGUAGUGCAAUUAUUCGGUGGAUGGAGAGCAGACGCCAUCGCCAUUACACAGACAGCUAGGCAUGAAGAAAUCUCUAGUAACAGCUCCUACGCAAUGCCUGCUCAGCAUGAGUAGUGACGGCGUUGCAAGCUUGAAGGCGCGCCACAUUGUCCUUGUAAAACAUGCAUGACGCACAGAGCUUACCACGCACAGAUUCCUGCUGGCAGAGCAUAAGUUUUGCAGACACCGAAACCCAGAGUGACUUUAACAUGCAUAUGGAACGAAUACCAGCAGGAACGCCACCAAUCCAACUACCAUAUCAGAGGUCAGUCCAUGCUGCUUCUACAACUUGCGCCGUAUUGUGAGGAAAAAUCCCCCCACCCAAUGCCAAAGGGACACUUCUCAUGCGUUACUCAUGCACACAGGUCGACUCGUUGUAUGGAUAAACGAAGUCGGCAAAGAGACACGGUAGAGGCCUUUUUAGCGAGCGACUUUUCAUGCUAUUCCGGGCAAUGUAGGGUUGGAUUCUUGUCCUGCGUGCUGUAUUUGCAGCGCUUUUCGAUGCCUGACAGAACUAGAAUCCGUACAUCGUGCCUUCUGACACACAUGGCAACCUGCUUUGUAUAAGUACACAACUGCAGCGUGAGAAGUUUCCUCCUCAGGGUGGCGCGGUGGCGGGAGUUUCAACUUUGAUACGCCGUGCGUGGACCUUGAGCUAUGCCGACGCGGAACAUCACGACGCAGACGCCGCGAGUAGUGCCUUCCUGCAGUGGGCGUAUGACGGGACCAAAACGAUAGGCGAACUCCUGCCGCCAGAAAUGCGUUUGCGGUGGGCGCGACAUGAAGGCUUGGGGGACCUUCCGAAAUAUCCUUUGGAAAAACAGACCCACCGCAUAGCCAAGAUGGGAAGGCUUUCACUCUGCAUGAUGAAUGUCGACAUGCAACGCACUAGUCGCGCUUGGCUACGAAAGCCGCACCACGAAUCCACUUCCUUAUUCCGAUGGUAGCAUGGAAAAUUUGUUCUAGACACGAGCAGGAAAGUCCUUCAAUUGGCACUCCGUGCUGGACAUGCAAAUAUGCAUGACAGGCUUGUGGUGGGUUAUGUUUUGCACAGGAUAAAGCAGAGUAUGGGUUACACGUUCGGCUUGGCGAAAUGGACCUCACCGACCGGGAGCAUUUGGAGCGGUUGCUCUAUCGUAGCGGGAACAUUAGCCACCGUCCUCAUAUUCAAUAGGAGUAGAGUGCUCGUAUUUUUUGCGAGGAUUGCAUUAUUGCUGCAAGGCACUUUCUUGUGAUGCAUAGAGGAACUAUAGCAGGCAGAGCGACAGCAUGAUCCUGAGCAGGAAUGCAUCAAAGUUCUCUACGUGAUAUCAAUCAGAAACUAUUCGCUUUGAAUUUGGCGGCUGGGAAGGUUUCUUUGUGAUAUUUGGGAGCACGAAGAGUACCUCGUCCGUGCGUGGGAAAGAUAUCUGGACAGAACACAGCAAGGAAAGGGCUUCAUAUUCACUGCAAAUAUGUCUGGGUCCUCUGAAAGAUCGCAGAUGCUUGUAAUGAUCUAGGUCUGCCAUGCAGGGACUAGCGCAACAGCUCAUGCGAGAGCUUUGCGAUUCUCUUCUGUGCAUGAGAGACCCGCACUCAGCGCGGCCGGAAGUGGCCACCUUUUGUUACUCAUGCGCGACAGAUUUGUAUGUGAGUGCCAGAAAGAAUCACAAGUCUGCACCCUUCCAGAUCCAGACAUAUUCGCAAUGCAUAGCCGGGCGCCGUCAAGGUGAAGGCCCUGGCGUCAGUGUCGCACGUCGUUGACUAUGCCUUGCGCUACUUAAAUCUCGAGUGGCCGUGCUGUUUCGGUAGGAAAAGCGAGUAGGAUCGUGAUGCUUUUUUUCGUGUUGGUCUUGGUGAAGUCAAGCAAUGCUCAGGACAAAGUAAACUGAGUUUAAAUGUGGAGCUUUCUCUCUUGUUCUUCAUGUAAACGGAACCAAAACCGUGUCAGACAUUGGCAUUUUUUCAAAAAGUCGCGCGACGCACCAUAGGAGCGGAGUACGGUGGCUGCCCGAAGAAGGCAGCUGCAUGAAAUAGAAGUAACUCGUCUCGUUGUGCGCCGCACUUUUUUCAUGAUUAUUCUUCUCACCGCAGCGUGUAAGAUCAACAACCUUAGUCAAUCUGGCGCUCGCAUGCUGUUCAAACAAGAUGCCCUCGGUUGCAGGUCUUUUUGUGGCGGAAAGGAUCAUUGCCUAUGUAUGUUGCGCGCUCUCAGUUCUUGCGCCUGUAGUUGGUCCCGAUGCAGCGUGACGUAACCUGAGGAGGCGUUCGUGUGAUAGGGUC